UGGAGCUAAAAAUUAAAUAGAAGCGUCAAAUAUUUGUUUUUUGAUGUGAUUUCGGUACAUAUUAUCGUUUUUAUGGUUCAAUCUAAUCGUCUGGUUACGCGCUUCUUGUAGAAAAACAAAAGGAGGAGGGCAAAACGACAAAGAAUAAUAAAAAGAGUGAUGAAUCAAGAUAAAUCAUUCGUUAAUGCGGUACUGAUACUAAGCCGGAAUUAAAUAUGUGAAAUAAAGUGCUACGUUUAAGUAAAAAAAUUUCAGUCCGUGGGAUCAAUUCGUCGCAGUCGUGUCACAGCCCAAGUGAAGACGUUGCUAGUGAUAUCCACAUCCAGAGGUCCUUUGAAAUUUUUGUGUGUGAAAGUUACCACGAAGAGGAAAAAUCGAAUUGCAUCGACACAGGUUCAGAUUUUCCAUAGCUCAGAAUUAGGAUAAAACGGAUACAUCGAAGAAGAGGAGAAAGCCUUUCGGAGUGUUAAUCGUUUGUCAAAUGUUCGCAGUAAUAGUAAAGGUCCUUGCUGAAUAUAAAUUGAAGUGAAUAUAAUAGUUGAAAGAAUUCGAGAAUGAAUCGGAGCAAGGAAGACUGCAAGAGAAAAAUCAACCCCACGGUCGAUGCCAGCUUCUUGUCGAAAUGGACAUUUUGGUGGUUAAAAGAUAUUUUUAAAACGGGGCUUAAACGACCAAUUACUAGUGAGGAUUUAUACCAAAAUGUGGCAGGAUUAGAUAGUGAAAUGUUAACUAAUAAAUUGGAAGUGUAUUGGGAAGAAGAGAAAACAAGAGAACGUCCCAGUUUCAUCCGUACUGUUUGUCGGGCUUACGUAAUAACAUCAUUCAUAAUAGGUGUAUUUUACACAAUGGCCGUUGUUAGUUUAAGAGUUAUCCAACCAAUGUGCUUAGGCGGACUUGUAUCAUAUUUCGUAAAAGGACAAACAACCACGAGUCGAACGGAAGCUUGGAUUUAUGCAUGCGGCAUAAUCGUUUCCUCCUUUUUGAUAGCAGUCAUGUUUCACUCAUUUGUCCUGUACGGAUAUAUGGCUGGAACGAAAGUGCGUCUCUCAGCAUCAGGGUUAGUGUAUCGGAAGAUUUUGAAAAUGUCAACAGCCGAAGCAAAUGAAGGAAUGAGUGGGCGGGCUAUCAACAUCUUAUCCAACGACGUGGAGAAGUUCGAUUCAGCCCUGCAGUUUUUUCAUGAUUUAUACAAGGGACCCAUCGAAGCUGUUGUAUUUGGUUACCUCAUGUACCGCGAAAUUGGAAUUUCAGCUGUGAUUGGUGUCCUGUUUCUGCUAAGCUUCCUUCCCUUGCAGUCCUGGGCUGGAAAGAAGGCAUCACACUAUCGACAACAAACUGCCAAACGAACGGAUUAUAGAGUGAAGCUGAUGAAUGAGGUGAUCCAGGGAAUCCAAGUGAUUAAAAUGUACGCAUGGGAAAAGUCAUUUGCAGCUGUGAUUGCCGACGCUAGACGCCGUGAAAUCAAUGCAGUCCGGGGCACAAAUUAUGUUCAAGCCUGUUUACAGUCGAUAUCGAUGGUUUCGAAGAUGGCCCUUUUUAUGGCUUUGGUUUCGUAUGUUUAUUUUGGAGAAAUCUUAACUGCCAGUAAAGUCUUCGUAGUGACUUCAUAUUUUAACUCCUUGAACGAGUCAAUGGUGAGACUGUGGUCUAGGGGAUUAAUUUGCACAGCUGAAGCGUUGGUUUCGGCUAAUCGAGUGGAGGCGUUUCUUUUGGAUAGCGAAGCUGCUGAGGAGGAUGAGAGCAUGAUUAUGAAAAAUAUAGCGAGCAGCAUGAUGGAAAGUCGAAAAUCAAUACAAAGCAACUUGUCUAUUGUUCAACUCAGCAAAGUUCGUCGAUUAUAUAACCCUGAUUCAAUGAAGAGGGGCAUAGUCCUUCAAAAUGCUUCAGCUUCAAUGAAAAAUGAUGAUAAUUACAUUCUCAAAGGAUUCGAUAUGACUAUUACAGCUGAGGAGACUGUCGCUAUAAUAGGUCCUGUAGGAUCGGGAAAGUCAUCUCUUCUAAAUGUUUUAAUUGGAGAGUUAGAACUAGAUGAUGGUUAUGUUAUUAUCAACGGACGAAUUAGCUACGCCAGCCAAGAGGUUUGGUUAUUCGAAGGAUCAGUCCGUGAUAACAUUGUGUUUGUUGAAGAUUUUGAUCCCGUCAGAUAUCGAGAAGUUAUUCACGUUUGCGCACUGGAGAGAGAUCUGGAGUUGCUUCCUCAAGGCGAUCUCACAAUAGUUGGCGAAAGAGGUAUCAGCCUCAGUGGCGGGCAGAAGGCUAGAAUAAAUUUAGCACGCGCCAUCUACAAAAAGGCCGACAUUUAUUUAUUAGACGACCCUCUUUCAGCGGUCGAUGCUGCUGUUUGUCGACAUAUUUUCGAUAAAUGCGUUAGAGAAUAUUUGCAUGACAAGAUAUGCUUACUUGUUACGCAUCAAAUUCAAUUGUUGAAAGAUAUGGAGCACGUGAUCUUAAUCAACUCGGGACGAAUGGAGGCCCAAGGAAGCUACCAAAAUCUUCAAUGUUUGCCAGGUUUGGAGUACUUACGUGAAAUGAGCAGUGACUCUGUUGAUGAAGGACGUGAAACGGAAGUCAUCAAGAAACGAAAGACAUUAAAGAGAAAUUCAGAAACAGACUCAGAGGACCGGAAAGAACAAUUGGCAACAGGAUCGGUAGAUUGGCGGGUUUACAAAGGCUACUUUAAGGCACUGGAGGGGUUGUGGAUUUUGAUUGUGAACCUUGUGCUGUUCGUUCUUGUUCGCUGUCUGUUAUCGUCACUGGAUAUAUUUUUGUCAGGAUGGGCUACAUGGGAAGAGAAUGUGACACUGCUUAUCCAAACGUGGACCCGGAAUGGCACGGGAAUAUUAAGAGAAUAUCAAAUUACAAUUGACCACCAACGUGAAGUCUACAUUCUGACAUACGCAAUCCUUUUGGGGUGCACUUUCGUUUUCUUUUUGACAAGGACAUUUACAUUCUUUACAUCUUGCCUGCGCAUAUCAUCCAAUUUGCACAAUUAUUUGUUCAGAGGUGUAACGAGAGCUACAAUGUGGUUUUUCAAUACUAAUCCAUCUGGAAGAAUUUUAAAUAGAUUUUCGCGAGAUAUUCACAUAAUUGACACGACACUGCCGAAUUCUUUGUUCAUUUGUGGAAUGUUCGUAUUGGACAUCGCCUCCGUCCUAACAAUCGUAGCAAUGAACAACUAUAUACUUUUGUUCCCGGCGUUCGUAAUCGGAAUUCUUUUUUACCUACUCCGCCAUUUGUAUGUGAACUCCAGCCGCAGUUUAAAACGAAUUGAAUCAAUGGCUCGAAGCCCAGUUUAUUCUCAUACAAACCAAACGUUCCAAGGACUGACUACGAUCCGGGCAUUCAACGCGGAAGCGAUCAUCGAAAAGGAAUAUCACAAUUUCCAGAAUUUCAAUUCGUCUGCGUGGUAUCUUUUCAUUAACGCAACAAGAGCUUUUGGACUCUGGCUGGAUUUUAUUUGUGUUUUAUACAUCCUGAUUGUGACCUUCAGUUUUUUCAUGUUCGGCGAUGAUUUUGACAGUGGAAAUGUUGGUCUAGUCAUUAUGCAAUGUUUACGGUUGACUGGUCUAUGCCAGUUCGGUAUUCGUCAAACCGCUGAGUUGGAAAAUCAAAUGACUAGCGUUGAACGGGUUGUGGAAUAUUCAGAACUGCCAUCUGAACCUGCUUUGGAAUCCCUGGACAAGUACAAACCACCCGAGAAUUGGCCGCAAUAUGGCCGAAUUAAAUUUACUGACGUUGGACUAAAAUAUUCAGAUAAGGGAGCCUGGGUUUUGAAAAACCUGAAUUUCACGAUUGAGCCCAAAGAGAAAGUUGGAAUUGUUGGACGAACCGGCGCUGGGAAAUCAUCAAUCAUCCAGUCUAUAUUCAGAUUAGCUGUCAUAGAGGGAACAAUUGAAAUUGAUGAGAUUGAUACGAGUACUUUGGGCUUGCAUGAUCUCCGUAGCAAGAUCUCAAUAAUCCCUCAAGACCCUAUUCUGUUCUCAGGAACCCUCCGCUACAAUUUAGAUCCCUUCGAGGAAAAGACUGAUUUUGAGGUCUGGCAAGCUCUGGAAGCAGUCGAACUAAAAAAUCAUGCUAUGUCCUUAGCUGGCGGUUUAGAUAGCAAAAUGUCUGAUGGUGGAGCCAACUUUAGUAUGGGGCAAAGGCAACUGGUUUGCCUGGCUCGAGCGAUCUUGCGAAAUAACAAAAUUCUAAUUUUGGAUGAAGCCACUGCGAAUGUUGAUCCAGAAACUGACCAACUUAUACAAAACACAAUUCGAAAGAACUUCACCGAUUGCACCGUCCUAACUAUCGCUCACCGAUUGCACACUGUAAUGGACAGCGAUAAAAUUAUAGCCAUGGAUGCCGGACGGAUAGUGGAAAUAGGACAUCCGACCGAUCUACUCCUGCAGAAUAACGGCUAUUUUAGGAACCUUGUAGAGAAAACUGGAACAAAUGUUGCGGAUUUACUUUCAGAACUCACUACAAAAGCCAAUAAUUUAAGAAAUGUUGAUUAACGAUGGAUCUGUGUUAAUAGAAAGUUUAUAUCCAAAGCUUAAAGUUUAAGUAGUAGAAGUUUUACAAAGUUAUUUUAAAACCGAAAUAAGUGUGAUAAAAUGACGAAAAGUUGAUAUUGAUUUGAUCAAGUGAUGUUCAGACUCUUUUUACACGCGUAGAUAGAUAAUUAUGUACAGAUAAGUAGGUAGUAUCCUUAGGGGAUAGCUCGUUUUAUAAUAUUUAUAAACUUUUAUUUAUCGGAAAUGUUGUAAAUAGACGUCGAAAACGAAUCUUUUAUGAGAAA